AUGUGCUUGUACCAGUUCCUCAUAAUGAUUCGCGACAAUCGCGCAGGGAGCUACCAGAACCUCACCAAUGAGGAGGGGAAGGUCACCUCGCACCUUGUCGGCAUGCUCUCGCGCACGCUGAAGUUGAUGGAGAAUGGCAUCAAGCCGGUCUACGUGUUCGACGGCAAGCCGCCCGAGCUGAAGCUGGGCGAGCUCGCGCAGCGCCGUGCCAAGAGGGAGGCGGCCGAGAAGAGCCUGGCGGAGGCGCAGGAGAAGGGCGACGAGGAGCAGAUCCAGAAGAGCACCAAGCUGACCACGCGCGUGACCAAGGAGCAGAACGAGGAGACCAAGACCCUCCUGCGGCUCAUGGGCGUGCCGGUUGUGGAGGCCCCCAGCGAGGCCGAGGCCACCUGCGCCGCGCUCUGCCGGGACGGCAAGGUCUACGCCGCGGCGACCGAGGACGCGGACUGCCUGACCUUCGGGACCAAGAUUCUCGUCAGGAAUCUGAUGGCGGCGGAGUCCCAGAAGAAGCAGAUCAUGGAGGUGCACCUCGACCGCGUCCUGGAGCAGCUCAACAUCUCCAUGAGCCAGUUCAUCGACUUCUGCAUCCUCAGCGGCUGCGACUACUGCGACACGCUGAAGGGCGUCGGGCCCUCCACCGCCAUCAGGCUGCUCAUUCAGCACGGCUCCCUGGAGAAGGUACUGGAGGAGUUGGGCCCCGAGAAGGUGCCUGAGAACUUCCGGUAUCAGGACGCGCGCCAGUUCUUCCAGGAGUGCGAGGCUGUAAACACGCAGGAGGUGGACUUCAAGUGGGACGAGCCAGACUACGAUGGCCUGGCGAAGUUUCUCGUGGAGCAGUGCUCGUUCAACAAGGAGCGCGUGGAAAACUACCUGGCACGCCUCAGGAAGACGAAGUCCUCUGUGAAGCAGCGACCCCUGGACAGCUUCUUCGGUGCGCCCAAGGUCGUCAUCCGGGACGGCGACAAGUUCGACCCCUCGAAGAAGAGGGGCGCGGCGGCGAAGGGGGCCGCGAAGGCGGGCGCGAACAAGCGGAAGGCGCCCGGCGCGGCUGGCGGGCCCGCGGCGGCCAAGCGCGGGAGGGCCUGA